UAUAUAUAGAUAUAGAUAUAUAUACACACAUGUGAUGCAUUUAUUUCUAAUGUAUGUGUAGGCAGCCGAAAGCAGUUCCGGGAUCGAGCGGACGUUGACGGAAAUCUCUCUCCCCAUUUGUCUGCACAGCAAUCAGCGGCGAUGUCUUACACUCUCAAAACCACAUUUCCAACUCUUCCCCGAACCCAACGUGGUAUGCCUAUAGUUUUAGGCGCUGACCCCAAAGGAAAAUAUUUUCUCUACACUAAUGGACACAAUGUUGUCAUCAGAGACAUCGAAAACCCCAACAGCUGUGAUAUGUACACAGAACAUUCCGGUAAUGUGAUGGUUGCCAAAUAUUCUCCGAGUGGUUUCUACAUUGCCUCUGGAGAUGACAGGGGCAAAAUUCGAAUUUGGGAUACAAUCAACCCAGAACAUGUUCUCUCCAAAGAAUAUCAACCAAUCGCUGGAACGAUCAAAGACAUUGCCUGGUCUCCAGAUAAUAAGAGAAUGCUUGUUGCUGGUGACGGCAAAGGAACGUUUGCUCGUGCUUUUCUGGUGGAUACAGGUUCUUCUGUUGGAGAAAUUAGUGGCCACAGCAAACAAAUCAAUUCCUGUGACUACAGACAAAUGAAUCCCUUCAGGGUGGUGACAGCCAGUGAAGACUACAGCGUUGUCAUGUGUGAAGGCCCACCGUUUAAGUUCACCAAAAAGAUCGAUGCACACACAAAUUUUGUCAACUGCAUUCGUUACUCUCCAAAUGGUGAAAAAUUUAUCUCUGGUGGUGCUGAUGGAAAAGCCUUUGUUUAUGAUGGAAAAAAUGGUGAAUCAAUUGGUGAGCUUGGUUCUCCAGCUCACAAAGGUGGUAUUUAUGGGAUUGCUUUCAGUCCAGACAAUUCUGAAGUGCUGACAGUCUCUGGUGACAAAACUGCCAAAAUCUGGGAUGCCAAUACGUAUACUUUGGUCAAGGAAUUUGUGUUUGGGAAGACACUGGACGACAUGUUGGUCAGUUGUAUUUGGAUUGGUAACAACAUCAUCACAAUCUCUUUGUCUGGAUUUAUUACGUAUUUAGACAGGAAUUGCCCAGAGAAGCCUCUUCGUGUUCUUAAGGGUCACAACAAACCAAUAACAGCCCUGACCACCACCCCUGACAGAAAAUUGGUUUUCUCUGGCUGCAGUUCUGGUCACAUCAAUUACUGGGAUCUUGUGAAUGGACUUGAUGAUAGAAUUGUUGGUAAACCUCACAACAGUCAGAUACAGGACCUUGUGGUGUCUGGCGAUAAUUUGAUUUCCAUCAGCAUGGACGACACCAUUCGAUUCACCUCAAUUUCCUCAAUGCAAUAUGGAAAUGCCUCAGUGAAACUAGAAUCUCAGCCCCGUUCAGUUGCAGUCCACAACAACCUUACUGCAGUUGCCUGUGUCAAACAUGUAAUAUUAUUGCAAGGUGAACGCAUUGUCCUAACUCUGCCAAUUUCAUAUGAAGGGUGUUCAGCCGCCUUUAAUGUGAAUGGCUCACUUUUGGCAGUGGGUGGAGUGAAUUCUUACCAUGUUUACAACGUCAACAACUGUACCUUGACAGAAGCCAAAGUUGUUGAGGAAUCGGGUGCUGUCAGAGAUCUGGCUUUUUCACCUGAUGGCCAAUACUUGGCCACAGGUAAUGAUUCAAGAUAUGUUAUGGUUUAUAGCCUUUCUGAUUACUCUGUGAAAUAUCGUUCUACUAGUCACUCGGUCAAAGUCAAUUCUGUGGCCUGGUCUCCAGACAGCACCCACCUGGCUUCUGCUGGUGUUGACGGCAACAUCGUUAUACAUGAUAUCCAGGAUACGUUUUCCUCAUUGAAUAUCAAAGGUGCACAUCGACUUAGCCAGGUAAACCGUGUCAUCUGGCUGGACAGCAAUCUUGUAUUAUCAGCCGGACAAGACAGUAACCUGAAACAAUGGGCCAUCACUUUUUAAACUUGUCUACCCCCAAAAUCAACUCCGAUAUUAAGCCAUGCUGUCUUCUUCUCUCUCUCCAACCGCUCCUCUUGCCUCUUUCAUUUCCUUCUUCCUCUUCUUACCUCUUUCUCUUCCUUCCUUCUCUUCUUCCUCUUACAUAUACACUGCUGUUUAUAAUUGCUGUCUUUUUAAGUUAAACAAUAAUCCUCAAUAUUAUAUUGUA